AAUGGCGGUGCUUCUUCAUCUCAUCACUCUCUUCUCUCUCUCGGCCAUAAUCCUUUCAGCCGCAGAAAAUAUAAGCAUUGACUGUGGAUCAACGGGAUCCUACGUGGACUCCAACAAUGUAACAUGGGUCGGAGAUAAAGGAUUCGUUACCACCGGCGAGACCAUGAAGAUUCUGGACGUCGUUACAAAGCCGAUCAACACCCUCCGGUACUUCCCAACGGGUCAAACCAACUGCUACACAAACAUUCCGGUGUUAAAACACCGGAAAACCCUCGCGCGGACGAAGUUUUACUACGAGAACUAUGACGGGAACUAUUCACCGCCAUCUUUCGACUUGGUUUACGACGGGAAACACCGUGAUUCUGUUGAGAUCACAGACACUUUUCUCAACGACGAGGAGACAUUCUAUUACUCGGAGCUGAUAUUUUCUCCCGCGAAUGAGAGUAUUAGCAUAUGCCUCUUGCGUACGUCUCCAUCCUAUAACCCGUUUAUAUCGUCCAUUGAAGUUUACAGCUUAGACGUGGGCAUGUACGCCGAUCUUGGUCCCAACGAAGGUCUGAUUACCCGACAAAGAACUACUUGCGGUGCCAAAGAGAGUAUAAGCUACCCGUUAGAUCCUUACGGUAGGCCAUGGUAUCCGUUAGGGUCCGACGACACACUGACCGACCUAACGACCUCAGCCCCAUCGAUAGACAUCACGGGGGCGUCGAACAAGCCGCCAGAAGUUGUUAUGUCGAAGGCAUCGUCAUCGUUAGGAGAAACCAUACAACUUUCCAACAUGGCCCUCCCUUUGACUGGUCUACCAGUGUACUUGGCUCUUUAUUUCUCAGAGCCUCAGAGUCUAGGUCGGACCCAAAAACGGUCAUUCAACGUUUUCUUGGACGACACACAAGUGGGUUCGGGUCCCAUCGUGCCGGUUUUUGGGAAAGCGACUCAAGUCGUUCUGAGAGAUGUAAUGGCCACGUCGGGGUCUAAGAUCGUCUUUCGGUCUACUGAUGACUCGGUUUUGCCGCCCAUCAUCAAUGGUUUGGAGAUAUAUUCGAUAAGUAACAGCCGAGACGGUCUAGCGAAACCACGAACAAACAACGCAGACAACGCAGUAGCAGAUGGGACAAAAAACAAUGGUGGAAAAAAGAAGAAAAGCAAAUUACCACUUAUUCUUGGUCUUACGUUCGCCUCCGUGUUUGCAAUUCUCUCAUCAGCGUUUGGAGCUAUUUUCUUAAGAAAGCGUCAAAAUGCUAAGCCACAGUCCAACACAGCACCAACUACGUCCACGGGGCAUGGAACAGGCACCGGGAUGUCGCCUCUAGUUGGACAGCAAUUUGCUAGUGACACGAGUGAUUCGUACGUUGUUCAAGAUGAUCACCAUUGACAUGGACCCUAGCUAAUUGUCGACGAGCAAGAUCCAUUUGUUAUUCAUGUCCUUUCUUAUUUAUGAUAACUUUUUUUAUAAAGAAUGUUCUUUUUAAUUUAUGUCCGGCCAACAAUUCUUAUUUAAGUAAUGGGAAAAGGUAAUUUAACGCCGAU